AUGACGAUUCCACAUGCAACGAUCGAUCUUGGUUCGGGACCCAUUGCGGCUCAACAUGUAGCUUACCCUUACGCGACGGACCCUUAUUAUGGCAAUAUCGUCACGUUUGGCUCUCAGGCACUGAUGGCUCCACUAGUGGGAUUACAGCAACAGACACGAAUGCCAUUACCGUCGGAGAUUGUGGAGGAAGAGCCUGUUUAUGUCAACGCAAAGCAGUAUCAUGCUUGUGCGCACCACUUAUUCACUCGCUUGUCUGUGCAGCCUUACUUGCAUGAGUCUCGACACAAGCAUGCACUUAGACGGGCCAGAGGUUGUGGUGGACGAUUUCUCAACACUAAGCAGCUCGAGGAAGCUGCAAAGGCACAGGCACAGUCAGGCCAAGGAUCAGGAGAGCAGCUGGGAAAUGGUGAAGAUAAAAAGGUGGACCAAGAGCAGAACGGAGGAACGAGUGGAAAUCCUGGCAGUGAGGGUGAUGCCCACAGGGUUUCAGCUAGCAGCGAAGAGGAGGAGCAAGGAUUGGACACUGGCAAGGGAGUUGAGGGGUCGGAUAAUGUUCUUCAGUUAGUCGCGGCUGGACACAACACCAGUGGAACUGGCUUGCAAACUGCCGAGGGCACAACUGUUCUUGCUGUUGCUGAAGCCAACACCGCGUUUGCCAGAGGUUCAUCUGCUGUUGCUGCUGGUGGCCCAGCUUCUGCCGGCUUCCUGCAUGGGGACUCCAAAGACGCCCAAGCACAAGGCCGUAGAGGCACUAAUUUGAAGACGGAUUCUGUUAAUCACUCUGUUCGCGCUCGCCCGCGCAACCGUCUCCCCAUGUCCGACUGGGCCGCGCUCUCUUUGGACGAGUCCAAUCGCCGUCCGCUCGGCUAUCUCCGCGAUCCGCGCAACCGUCGCACCAUCCUCAUGGGUGCCGCAAUCGUCGGCGUCGUGCUGCUCGGAGCGCUUCUCAUCUUCGCCUCCACCUCCGCAGCGUCCGGCGGGAAUGACGGCGCUCUUUCCGGCGAGCUAGCGGACGCGCUGCGCGAUGUCGUGGAGCCGUUUAAACAGGAGGUGGAUUUGGUUGUGUCAUUCAGCGGCCGGCAGCUUCUUGACGGCGUGCGGGUAUCUCAGCGUCUUCUUCUCGUGCGCGCUCCGCCCACCGCGCAUUUUCGCCCGCCUCUCAUUUCUGCCCACCGCGCGUCUCCGCCCACCCCGGCGCUUCCGCCCGCCGCGUGCGCCGUGCAGGUGCUCGUGGACCCUGACGCGCCCAGCCCCUCCAAUCCGACCGCGCGCGAAUGGCUGCACUGGAUCGUUGUGGAUAUUCCCGUCGACGGCAGUGGGGGUACAGGCCGUGUGGUGACGCCGUACAACGGCCCCACCCCCCCAGAGGGCACGCACCGCUACAUCUUCCUGCUCUUCAGGCAGCCCACCGCACAGCUUGAGGUCUCAGCACCGGAUGAGAGAGCCAACUUCCAUGCAGCACAUUUUGCAGCGGACCAUGGCCUGGGAGCCCCAGUGGCCGCACUCUUCUUUACCUGCGAGGCAGGAGAGACUUAA